AUGUCAAGUGGUAAUAACUAUGGACUAUUAAAUUCUGAUGACAAUGACAAUGACAAUGAUGUAACAUAUCAUUAUGAAUCCAGUUCAGAUGACACUGAUGAUACAUCUAAUAAAAUGAAAAAAAGAAAAUAUAGAUAUGAAUACUUUGUAGGUCCUGUUGCCUAUGCAGAAAAUGAUACAAUUGAUGGUGUUUCUGAAAUAUUAUUCUUGAAUUAUAUUCUUGCUGGAACCAAUAAACAUGAUGGCAUACAACAAUAUGUUGAAUUUCUUAAACAUUAUCUUUCACCUGGAGUCUUGAAUCUUUGUCAUAAUCUAGAUAGAAUUUGUAGAAAAAGUUACCUUGAAUGUAGACAAUUAAUUAAAAAAUGGAAUAAGGAUAAUGAUAAUCCCACAGAUGAUGAGAAUUUAGUCAUUGAAGCCUAUGAUGAAUCAAUUACUCAAAAAAUUUUAAAGUUAAAUAAUAAUAUUCCUGAUCAAAUAACUAAAACAAAAACUCAGAAUUUUUGUCAAAAUGAAUAUAAUGUCACUGGAUUUUGUAGUAGACAAUCUUGUCCAUUGGCAAAUAGUCAAUAUGCAACUGUUCGUGAAAUAAAUGGUACAAUUUAUUUAUAUACAAAAAUCGCUGAAAGAGCUCAUACUCCUGCAAAAAUAUGGCAAAAAACAAAACUUUUAAAAAAUUAUAAAAAAGCUUUAGAACAGAAUUUUUUAUAUCGAUAA